AUGUGGAAUCACAUGCUGACAGAACUUAUAAAGGACAACAUCAGCAUACCCAUCCCUUCCUUAAUAGAGGAAUGGGAGGACGAUUUAAAAAAGUGGCCACGCAUAACCUACAGUAGCAUUUUUAGCUACUUUGUUGAUUCGGUUGCUUGUGAUGGUAAGGCAAUGAGCAAUUUGAAAAGCUCAGAGGCUUACCAAUACCUUCACAGUAGUAAAGUAGGUCGUGUGCUAUUCAAGGAUGUAGGCAAUGAUUUCGUGUACUUAAAAGCUGAUGUAGAGCCGAGUCAAAGCCUGAAUGUGUCACACCAUAAAGCUUGGGUUUUAGUGUCAACAUCAGGUGUCAUACAGACGGCAGGGUGCUCAUGUAUCGCAGGUCCAGGGCGCUCAUGUAUUCACGCAGCUGCAGUAAUGUGGAAGGUAGAGAAUGCAGUCAGGCAAGGCAAGACAGGCAUGUCAUGCACUGAUGUGCAAAGGAAGUGGAAUGCAGGCACGAGGAAGAAUGUAGGGCUGAGGAAGGCAAAACACAUCAACUUUAAACACCAUAGACCAGGCCACACAUAUCCAGGCCCAUCAUCAUUACCUCCAGAUCUGACAACUUCCCCCCAGCAUUUCAAGAACCAUGCUGAGUUUGUAAGCCAUAGCAAUUCAUCCGUGAUGGCACCACUCUUUCAGCUGCAGACAGAAGGUCUUCUUCAGCUAAGCUUCAGAGCAGAUGUAGACAGCAACAACACCAGCUCAAGUGAACAUGAUACAGACAUAUCACACACAGACCACAGCUUAACACAAAGUUGUAGGAAGUGCCUUUUGUUUUACGAGUCCUACAUAAAACUAUCACUCACCCAGGCAACUACACUAAUGGAAGAAACUACGGUCCAGAGUGCCUCACAACUGUGGCAUGAUGCCAGAAAGCUCCGUAUCACUGCCAGCACAGCAAAGAGAGUACCCAAACGACCUACUACUAACCCCAAAAAAUUCCUCAAUGAGCACUUCUACCCAACCUUCAAAGGUAAUACUGCUACAAAAUAUGGCAAAGAAAAUGAGGACAAUAUCAUCCAACUCAUGAAAAGCCGAGGGCACGCUGUGGAGAGAAGAGGCCUGGUGAUCCAUCCUGAACAUCCUUGGUUGGCAGCUAGCCCAGAUGGAAUCCUUGACUUGACAAAGCUUCUUGAGAUCAAGUGUCCCUUCAAGAGUUCCAUGUCACUUACUGAGUUUUUGAAUCGACCAAAUGGUGACAUCAGAAGCUUAGGUGAUGGGCAGUAUGUUAUUCUUCCGGAUGGAAAGGAUGGAUACUACCUCCAAAUCCAGUUGACCAUGAUGUGUGUGGGUCUACUGAGCUGCAAGCUGGUCAUCUGGACAUCAACCGAGCACCUAGAAAUGGACAUUCCAUUUGACAAAAAUUAUGCAGAAGCUCAUGUGCAACAGCUACAGGAAUUUUACUUUUUACACAUGCUGCCAGCAUUAGCUGAUGAUUUUGCUGAUAAGAAGAUAAAUGUGUGCAAGAAUUACCUGCAGCUUUUGAACAAGUAG